UUAGCCAACAAUAGCUAAACAAAGCAAGGAGAUGACUAGCUGAAGCUAACAUCCGGUCUCUUCUCUGCCGUCAGGGAAAGCCAGUUGUCCGAUUUCAGAGCUUAAUAACACUUCACUUUUCUGUGUGUUUCACUGUGCUCUUCUGACAAAUUACCCAGGAGCCACUGAGCUUUCAUAAAUUCUUAAACAAAAACAGGAAGCCGCCAAUCUGCUGGUUUGACGAGGAAAAAACUGCAGAUGGUUGACAGGAGGUUUUCUCGCUGGAGUUUUGGCGUCCCUGGGCUAAUUGGAAUAUAAGAAACGCUUUUUGUCUUCGUGGUGCUGCCAGGACCGUGACCUUCGAUUGGAUUUGGAAAUUCCCGCACACUCUACCACGGAGCACAGAUUUGAUGUCGCACUUUGGUGAAAUCCCGUGUGACCUAUGGCAGAGGUUGACUGUGGACAUGCUCUGUUUGUCAGCGGUGGACGGAUGCAAAUGAAAUACAACGCAGUGAAGACACGGUGCGACCUGCUGGAUGUGGAUGCUGGGUUCAGCUGCAUCCCUUCAUCCGGCAGCUUCUCACAGGAUUCCUGCACAGCUUCUUCCUCCUCCUCUUCUUCCUCCUCCUUCUUCUUGUGACACUAUUUCGGACCGAGAGACUCUUGGUGAGCAGCACGAGGAGCGCCUUGAUCUGAUUUGAGACGCAGCGUAAACCAACGGAGAUUCUCUGUCCUGUUCUGAGGUCCCAGACCAACCUUUUAAAACCAGCCUGGUUGUCCACAGCCCACAAAAAGUUCCCAGACUUCACAGCAACACAAACCUUUCAUUCACGGAGCCUGAAGGUCCAUCAUCGACGAGGAAAGAAAGAAAAAAUAAACACAGGUUUAAAAAGACUCUUUUCAUGAAUUCCCCAAAACCCUGAAAGCUAAAUAUAGUCCACGUUGCUGACCCGGGGUCCGAACACAGACAUGGGGACGAUGACAAAGUCCUGGAUUUGUCUCCCAGCCUUCGCCGUCCUGUUCUUUGGAUGUUUACGCACAGCAGUGACAGAAAAUGAUGUGACUCCACGACUCACCUUCUCCUACAAUGCGAGGGAGAGAAGCACCAGGCGUUUCUCCGUCAGCGGCGUGGUCAACUACACCUCGUUGCUGCUCAGUAAAGAAGACAACAUGCUGUACAUCGGAGCUCGGGAGAUUCUCUUCGCUCUCAACCUCUCUGACGUCAGCUCCGUCAAACUACAGAGAAACCUGACCUGGAAAACUCCAGAGCGGAAGAGAGACGAGUGCAGUUUCAAAGGCAAAGACCUGCAGACGGACUGCUUCAACUACAUCAAGAUUCUGCUGCGUAUCAACAGCACUCACCUGUACGUGUGUGGGACGUACGCCUUCAGCCCCAUCUGUGCCUACAUUAACACUGCCGACUUCUCCCUGGUCAGGGGUGACACUGGGGAGGUCGUAACGGAGGACGGAAGAAGUCGCUGCCCCUUCAACCCCGACUACAGGUCCACAGCGAUCAUGGCUGAUGGACGACUGUUCGCUGCUACAGUCAGUAAUUUCCAGGGAAACGAACCCAUUAUUUACAAGACUCUGAGCCAAGGAACCUCACUGAAGACGGAAAACUCUCUCAACUGGCUUCAAGAGCCGUCCUUUGUGGGCUCUGCCUACAUCCAGGAGAGUUUGCCCCGGGGCAACGCGGUGGGCGACGACGAUAAGAUUUACUUCUUCUUCAGUGAGGCAGGGAAGGAGUUUGAUUUCUUUGACAACACCAUCGUGUCACGCAUCGCCCGAGUGUGUAAGGGAGACAUGGGGGGUGAGAGGGUCCUGCAGAAGAAAUGGACCACCUUCCUGAAGGCCCAGCUCCUGUGUUCGCUGCCUGACGAUGGAUUUCCCUUCAACAUCAUCCAGGACAUGUUUGUGUUGACGCCCAGUCCAGAAGACUGGAAGAACACUGUGUUUUACGGAGUUUUCACCUCUCAGUGGUACAGAGGAGCUUCAGGAAGUUCUGCAGUUUGUUCCUUCACCAUGGAGCAGGUGGAAAAAGCCUUCAACGGUCGAUACAGAGAAGUGAACCGGGAGACGCAGCAGUGGUACACGUACAACCAUCCAGUCCCUGAACCGCGACCUGGAGCGUGCAUCACCAAUGCAGCCAGACAGCAGGGCAUCUCCUCCUCCCUGCAAAUGCCGGACAAGGUGCUGAACUUUGUCAAAGACCACUUCCUGAUGGACAGCGUGAUCCGCAGCCAACCGCUGCUGCUGAAACGCAACGUCCGCUACACGCAGAUCGCCAUCCACCGGGUGCACAUGGCAGGGAAGGCCUACGACGUGCUGUUCAUCGGCACAGAUGACGGACGGCUCCACAAGGCCAUUAACAUCAACAACAAGAUGCACAUCAUCGAGGAGAUGAUUAUCUUCCGAGAUUCCCGGCCGGUGCAGCACAUGGAGCUGGAUACGGAGAAGGGUCGUCUUUAUGUUUCCUCCUACUCUGAGCUGGUGGAGGUCCCAUUGGCAAACUGUUCUAAUUAUCAGAGCUGUGGGGAGUGCAUUCUCUCCAGAGAUCCUUACUGUGUCUGGAGUGGGAGGCAGUGUGUGAACGUCAGACAGGCGUCGGUGAAAAAUCUGUGGCUGCAGGAUGUCGACGUCGCAGACGCGUCUGCUGUUUGCAACAAAACAGCUCCAAGUCCACGUUCUGCGAAAUAUCCACCGACACGAGCGUCAUCGUGUCAGGUGAUCAUCAUCCCAGCCAACACCUUCAAAGUCCUGCCCUGCAAACUGCGUUCUAAUCUGGCCAAGAGGAAGUGGAAGUUUAGCGACAGCGCCGGUCACUUCCAUUACCCCAGUCCAGAGGGGGGGCUGGUGGUAGUAGCUCAGGCUGACCGCCAGGAGACGUACGAGUGCUGGUCGGUGGAGGAAGGCUUCAGGCAGCUGCUGGCGAACUACUGUGUGAGGGGUGAGGCCAAGCAGGAGAGCACCACCCUCACUGGACGCUCACGGACGCCGCACAUCAGCCAGGAGGAGUUCAUCAUCCUCCCGGGAAAGGCCCGUCUGCCACAGAUGAACACCAAGACCUACUGGAACGAGCUGAUCGUGGUCUGCUCCCUGCUGGUCUUCUCCCUGCUGGUCUUCUCGCUCUUCGUGGUCUACAGGAACCGCAGUCACAUGAAGUCCAUGCUGAAGGAGGGCGAGUGCGCCAACGUGCAGCAGAAGAUGCCCAAAAUGGUGGGGAAACCAGUGGAGAACCUGCCACUCAACGGCAACGCCGUCACCACGUCUGCGUCCGACCACAAGGGCUACCAGACCCUCAACGACAACUACAUCUGCAGCACCCCCCCACACGAGUGCUCGUCGCCUGACAACAGCAAGAGCUUCUCCGAGUCAGAGAAGAGGCCUCUGAACGUCAAAGAGAGCCACGUGGAGAUUUCUCCCACGUGCCCACGGCCUCGGGUCAGACUGGGCUCUGAGAUCAAAGACUCGAUAGUGUGAGGAAUUCACACGAUCACGUGGAGUGACUGACUUCUGAAGUAAAAAUGUUACAGGAUGCACUGAGAAGACAGAAAAUUAUACUCAGAGAGGAGAAGAGACGAUUUUCAUCACACAGGAUUUGCACUUUGUCUUUUUUUUUGGUCGUUUUGUCCCUGUGGUCCAUGAACAUUUCAUCGUAUCGUUUCUUCAUUCAGGUGAAGACGCAGUCGCCCUGAAGACGUUUGCUUUCAGACCUUUUGUGCUUUUAGAAAAGACCGAUGGGAAUGUGGUGCUGAGGAUAAACUACAGCGUGUUUUGUCCGAUUUUACCCGUGAUUUCCAGUCUGCACCAGUUGGUGACACUUGUCACAAAAUCUGUUGACACGGUGGAAAGAAGCGAAUCCGCAAAUUUGUGAGGGGAACUGCCCCGACUUGACCUGACCUGGGUCGGAGUGAAUCAAACAAGUUUGAAUUUUUGAGCCAAAUCUGAUGAACCGAUUAUUUACCCGACUGCAAACGUGUGCUGCCUUUGGCCAAUGGAAAGAAACUGGGAACUGGCAACUGAAGUGAGAGCGAAAAAAUCACAAAAUAAUGAUUGCGAAUUGCGAGAAGGAUGUGACAAAGCGAAGCUCGACCACAUU